ACCGGAAGCCGAUUUUGUCGCUCAGUUGGUUUGGCGCUUAGCCGUCGGGGGUGUGCCGAUUAAAUUAAGCCAGUGAGAGAAGUGAACACAUUUUGAUAUAUGUAGACUUUUUCACAUCUGUUUAAGAACUGUGGAAAAGCGAAUUAAGGAUACUAAGAGUUAGUUAUAUUUUCUUUCACGGUAUACUAAACUUUGGCUGUUAAGGUAAAACCUGAUGUGUUUGUUAGCUCAGGCCAUUAACAACCUGUGACAGACGCCAACAGCGUUUAAGCCUACAUCGCAGAGAUUUUUUCCUCACGCUUACUCAUCCACUCCGUCAUAAGUCUCUGUAUCCCUUCUGCUCCUCAGUAUGGCUGAGCCUGCUGAGCUGCUGCUCAUCAAGGACCAGUAUGAGUUGGCGUUUCAUUCUCUGAGCCGUGGGCUGGCUGCUGAAGAAGCCGGGAAAAGAGCGGAGGCCCUGGUGUAUUACAGGAAAGGUCGACAGCACCUUACCCAAGGAAUGGAAAUCCCCGCUGGUGGGGAGAGGCAGCAGGGAGCGCCCUGGGACGUGGCCAGGCAGCUUCAGCAGAGGAUGAGGGACACUCUGAGGACUGUCAACUCCCACCUCUCUGACCUGGAGUCCUCUCAGCUGACAACAGAGUGCCAGAGGGGCCGUCUGUUGAUGGAUCUUCCUCCCAAUCUUUAUCCAGACCUGGCACCAAACAGUCAACCUCCCCAAAGCUCCCUCCACCAUCUCUAUCCCACCAUACCUGCUAACGCCCAGAACAAAGCCCCAGCCCCCAAAACACCCCCUGCCAGGCCUCCUCGUGCUGCUCUGCACGCACACACUCUCCCAGCAGCAGGAACUGUAGCCAUGGCUUACCCAGGGGACCAUCCUCCAGCAUACACACCACAGCCAAGUGUCGGCCACCGCAGCCUGGCUUACGGUCCUGCUGGAGGCGGACUUGGGUCAGACAAGCAGACUGGAGCAGCAGCAGCAGCAGGAGAUGGAAACGAGCUGCUUUUCAUCCCCUCUGGGGUGCAGAUAUUUUUCGUGGCCCCAAAUGGGCAAGUUAGUUCCCUGUCUUCUCCAGGAUACGUUCGUAUCAUGGCAUUUGACAGUCAGCACAAGGAUUCUGCUGGUGGAAGACCCUCUGCGUUCCUACAUGUGUGUGACUGGCUGUACCCGCUGACAGCAGACACCCCAGUGCUACUGGCUACCUCAGGGAUCUAUAUGUUCCCUGACACCUUGGCAGGGACACCAGGGUCCUAUGUGGGCAUAGUGUUGUCCUCCGAACUGCCUGCUGCUGACCGAGAGACAUUUACAGACCUCUUAACGCAGCUUGCUGAUCUCAGGAUCCAGGGUCCUGAAGAGGCUGGAUCAGAGGUCAUCAACCUGAGUGAGAAAAUCCCCCUUGGUCCCCCAAAAGGGCAAACAGGAGUGACAGUGCCAACAGGGGAGAAGGGAAAACUUCCACUUCCUGGAUGGAGUGAAAAGAUGGCACAAGGAAUCUUGUCAGGAGCCUCCAAGUUUAGUGUAGAGUUUGUAAAAGGGGCAGAGGCCACUAGUAGGGCCAUUCAGAAGGGAGCUUCAAAAAUUCGGGACCACAUCACGCCUGAGGAAACUCCUUCAGAGGUCAGCCCUCACGUCACCAAAAGUCUGCAAGUGGCUAAACAGGCCACCGGAGGUGCUGUGCGAGUCAGCCGGUUCUUGGUUAAUGGAGUGAGUACGGUGGCAGGACAUGUGGCAGAGAAGGUGGCGCCCCAUGUGAAGAAACAGGGUGCAAAGCUGGUCCCAGAGUCCAUGAAGAAGAGCAAAGAUGGAUGUGCUUCCAACUUUGAUGGAGCCAAGUUUGUGGCAGCCAGCAGUGUACAAGGUUUGUCUACAAUCUGGUCCAGUCUGGAGACAGGAGCAAAGCUUGUUGGCAAAAGUGUUACAUCAGAGACCGUCACCACUGUGACAUACAAGUAUGGUGACGAUGCAGGUCAAGCCACAGACACUGCGAUCAAGUCAGUGGUCAAUGUCGGUGUGGCUGCAUACAACAUUGACAAUCUGGGCGUCAAAGCUAUCGUGAAGACUGCAGGCAAGCACACAGCCAAGGCCAUGGCCAAAAGCUCGGAUGACCAGCCAGCAGGAACUGAGGGAAAAGAGGAGCACAAACAGGAACAGCAAGCAGAGACAACUAGAAAGGAAGCGCAGAAGAAAGAGCAGGAACAGAAGAAGAAAUAGGACGUUAAUGCCUCGCUUGAGGGUUUCUGACAGACAGAUGGAUCGAUGCCUUAUUGCGAGCAAAAAUAUUUGAAAUAGCCUGAGGCAAAGUGCAAUUUCACUUCAUAAGCUAUUAAUACCAAGUUAUAUUUUUCUAAGUCAAGGGUUAUGCUGUUCUUACAUGAUUGUAAACUUUUACAUAAAACUAUUUUUUGUGGUAGUGUUUUAAGGUUCUCAUACUGUACACUUAUGUAUUUUGUGUAUGUCUUGUUUAUUACAAGCCAUCUGUAAGCCUAUCCAUACCAGUGAACAGCAAACAUAUGGGUUGACCGUAUGUUUAGAUUUGUAUAAAAGUGGCCUGAAUAAUGUAAAAAUAUAAAUUGCACAAUUUGAUUGUGAGAAAUGCUUUCUUUCUGUAGCAUGUUGCCUGAAAUGUGCUCUUAAUGAGCAAAAAAAAAAAAAAAGGAAAAUAUGUGCAAAAUCUGCUCUUUUGUUUACACACAAACGGACGUGCUGAGCUCUGCUU